CACCUUAUCCAGCCAGGAAUGGAUUGCGGGCAAAGAGGUUUGGUUAGGAAAGCACCCACGCGUGUGCGCCACAUAAUUCCAACCGUUAAAUUUUCCCUUCUCUCACAACCAACCAACCAACCAACCAACCGCCAUUUCCCUUCUUCUUCUUCUUGUACCUUUUAGUAAAGUACUGCUACUCCAUUUCACUUGUCAUGUAAAAAUCAAAGCCACCGAAAGCAACGAUAGCGGAGGUUGGCUAUCCAUGUUAUCUCUUCCUAAUUUCACCGGUGGCACCACCGCUCUGUCAUCUCCACGUUCGUUGGCGCCACCUCGCUCUCGCCAUUCGGUGUUUAAGAAGGUUACUGUUCCCUCCAGAUAUCCUUGCUGCUGCUCUUCUUUGAGACUUCAGGAAUUAUCAAUUCAGGAGCCUUUAGAAGAAUCGAGAGAGAUCUUUAGAUUACAAACACAGAAUGAUGAAGAUGAUCCUGUUCCAAGAGACCAAGAAGAAGAGAGAGGGAUUUCUAAAAUACAAGUGAGCAGGGAGAAAUACAUACCCGUUUCCAAGGCAGAGCUUUUGGAUGCUGUUUUAUUGAAGUUAUUCGACUCUCAAGAUGAUGAUGCUAAUCAGUUCCUUCUUCUUUCUUCGUGUUUGGACUCUAUUCUACACGCAGAACACAAAAGUAUUUUAGAGGAAAUGAGGACAGAUUACUCACUUACUCAUUCCAUUGAUGAUGAAGCGACAAGUGAUGAGAAAUCAGGUAGUUCAGAUGGAAGAGAGGAGGCUGACAGGGAAAAUCCUGGCUCAGUUAGCAAUAAGAUCAAUGGAAACGGGAGCGUGGGGAAAUUAGAAGAGGAGACUGAAGUUGAUAGACCAUUGCAUUUUGAUUAUGGUCUAGACUUGAGAAACUUUUUAAGCUCUCCAGUAACAAACGACAAGAGAUGUUCUAAUGGAGAGUGCAGACUUGCUGUUGCCACCCGCUUCCAGCGUUCUUUUAUGCAACUUCUUAAUAAUGCUCAGUUUCAAGAACUAUCAGCUGGGGAUUUGAUGCUGACAUCUGCCUUGAACUCAGAUUACCUCCUUACUUUGCCAGUAUACGUGGACUGGAAGAAAGCAUCUGAAUCCAAUGCAAUAAUCUUCAGGAGGGGCUAUGCAACUGAGAGGCAGAAAGGUCUGCUUAUUGUUGAAAAGUUGGAUUACGUUCAGUCCAGGCUUCUGCAGGGUAUUUUCUUCCUUAUAUCAAAACCAGUGGGGAAAGUUGGCAUAUGGAUAAAAGAGGCUAUUAGAAAUGCUUUUGAGAGCCAUGAAGUACAAGAUUGGAUUAAGAAAAUGACACCUUGGCUUGAGCAACUGUCACUUUUUCAGCAAUCGUAUUUUAGUAAUGAACAAGCUUCUGAUAAUCCACCGGAGAUUGACCAACUAUCAGAUACUGAACUUCCAAUUUGGCUAGCAGCACAGAGGGCAGUAAGUCGGUAUGAAGGUUUUCUGUCACCUGUUGGACCCCGUGGAAGGCUCUUCAGGAAGUUACUCACAUGGAUUGGAUUUCUACCUCCUUUGCCGGAAAAGCCAUUUGAACUUGACAGUUAUAGUAAUGCUUCUGAACCUCGUUUAAGGCCGAUUUUCUUAUCAAGGAUAUCACUUAGUGAUAUAUGGAGACCUGCUACAAGAAAAUACUGCAGAAACAAUAUUUGGAAAAUGCUAAAGACUUCCUUUUCCAUACUACUUUCUCAGUCAGCCCUCCAGGAACCUGCAUUUCAAGAAUUAAUUUUGCUUUAUACCACGGAAACAAGUGAUAGCAAUCCUAAAGAUAAAGCUGAGGUUCCAGCAUUGGAGCUAAAGAUCUAUGAAAGAAUUCCCAUUCCUGAUUUACCGGUCGUUUUUCCACACAAAAAGCUGUCUUUCCGUAUCAUUGACACGGUACGCUUGGAUGCAGCUACGAUAUUGGGACUUUUGGCAUACUUCAUAAACUACAAAUUUGAGAUCUUAUCUUCCCCAUCGGCAAUAUUUCUUGAUGUAGUUGCUAUCACUGCUCUGAUAAUAUAUGUGACUCGUGUGGCUUUGGGUUACAAACAGACAUGGGAUAGAUAUCAACUGCUGGUUAACAAAACGCUUUAUGAGAAAACACUGGCAAGUGGCUUUGGCUCGGUUCAUUUUCUUCUCGAUGCUUCUGAACAGCAGCAAUAUAAGGAAGCCAUAUUGGCAUAUGCGAUCCUGCUUAAAGAAACAAAUGGACAGGUCGCUUGUCACCGAAGUGUUGGAGAUGAAUGUGAGAGAUUUCUGUACGAUGUGUUUAAAGUAAAGGUUGAAAUGCCAGUUGAAGAAGCAAUGAAUACUUUGAUUAGGCUAGGCCUUGUUAUAGAAACACCCAUUGAUGGAAGAGGAACCAGGUUGCAGGCUGUUCCUUGUGAAAAGGCCCAUGAGAUUCUUAAAGAACGCUGGAAUAGUUUGCUUUGUUAGUUAUAGUGAAGUCAAAUACAAGGUUUCAUUUUGAUUAGAGUACUUACUACACCUGGAUAAUUGUUGGAGAUUAUCCGUUAAAGCCAUUGUACACUUCAACAGGUAGUUUAUAGGCAGUUACAGGGCCUUUUCUUCUUC